AAAAAGAAAGAUGAUUUCAUUAUUCUUGAGAAAGAACUUUCUAAACUUGCGUCAUGGCUUAUUUGAGUGGCGGUGCUGAGGCUUAUGAUCGUCUCAAGAACCAUGAUUAUCGAGCCGCCAGUUUGGUCCUGGCCAGUGACUCCCGCCGAAGCGAUACACAUGAACCCACCGGCGAGCCGGAGUCGCUUUGGAGAAAUAUUGACGCUAAAAACUUUGGUGAUAGGGUUUGUAGAGGGACGCCCUUGCACAAGAGAAAGAUGAAAGUAGGUCACUAUGCGCAUUGGCCAGGCAAGCGCCGUCGUACCGUUCUUACUUCUACGGAAGACGAAGGUGUUUACAUGCCCAAGACUAAGCAGACCAGGGCGGCUUACGAGGCGAUGCUCGGUCUCAUUCAACAACAAUUGGGCGGCCAACCCUUGAGCAUUGUAACGGCCGCGGCCGAUGAGACUUUGGCGGUUCUUAAAGACGAGACGUUCAAGAACCCUAACAAGAAAGAAGAGAUCGAGAAAUUAUUGAACCCUAUUCCAAACCACGUGUUCCAUCAGUUGGUAUCCAUUGGGAGGCUUAUUACUGAUUAUUCAGAUGGGAUCGAUACUGCCGGACCUGCGUCAGCUAAUGGAGAUGGUACUCUUGACGACGGUAUAGGUUUCACUGUUGAAUUUGAGGAGAACGAGGAGGAGGAAGAGAGCGAUCUCGACAUGGUCCAGGAGGAUGAAGAAGACGAGGAUGAUGUGGCAGAGCAUAACGGUUCUGGCGCCGUGCAGAUGGACGGUGGAAUCGAUGACGAUGACUUGCAGGAAAAUGAUGAUGAUGGGGGUAUGGACCUUAAUGUUCAGGAUAUUGAUGCUUACUGGCUGCAGAGGAAAAUCUCUCAGGCUUACGAGCAACAAAUUGAUCCACAGAAAUGCCAGAAUCUUGCGGAAGAGGUACUGAAGAUACUGGCUGAAGGUGAUGAUCGGGAAAUUGAAACCAAGUUGUUGGUGCACCUCCAGUUUGAAAAAUUCAGCCUUAUAAAAUUUCUUAUACGAAACCGGUUGAAGGUUGUAUGGUGCAUCCGUUUGGCUAGGUCUGAAGACCAAGAAGAGAGGAAAAAAAUUGAGGAGAAAAUGAUGCAUCUGGGUCCAGGUUUAGUUGCAAUCCUCGAGCAGCUGCAUUCUACUAGAGCAACAGCGAAAGAGCGGCAAAUGAAUUUAGAGAAGAGCAUCAGAGAAGAGGCUCGUCAAUUGAAGCCCGUUGAGAGAGAUAUAGACAACCGGGGGUUGACUGUAAAGACCCAAUUGCUUGCUCUUGACAGUAUUGCAUUUCAACAAGCUAGUCAUUUGAUGGGAAACAACAAAUGUGUACUUCCUGAUGGAUCAUACAGACAUCUCAGUAAGGGUUACAAAGAGAUUUAUGUACCUAAACUGACUCCAAAGCCUUUUGAUAGCGAAGAGAAAUUUGUUAAAAUUGCUUCCAUGCCAGAUUGGGCACAACUAGCUUUUAAGGGAAUGACUCAGUUAAAUAGGGUGCAGAGUAAAGUCUACGAGACUGCCCUCUUUAAAGCCGAUAAUGUUCUCUUGUGCGCCCCCACUGGUGCCGGGAAAACCAAUGUCGCAGUCCUUACCAUACUACAGCAGAUUGCGCUGCACACAAAUCCAGAUGGUUCGUACAACCACAAUGAAAAUAAGAUUGUAUAUAUUGCACCUAUGAAAGCCCUUGUUGCUGAAAUUGUUGGCAUUCUGUCUGAUCGCUUGCAGGACUAUGGUGUCAAAGUACGGGAACUUAGUGGAGAUCAGACAUUGACUCGUCAACAGAUUGAGGAGACUCAAAUAAUUGUUACAACUCCUGAGAAGUGGGAUAUUGUUACUAGGAAGUCCGGUGAUCGCACAUACAUGCAGCUUGUAAAGCUUUUGAUUAUUGAUGAGAUUCAUCUUCUUCAUGAUAACAGAGGUCCUGUGCUUGAAAGCAUUGUCGCCAGAACAGUGAGGCAGAUUGAGAUGACUCAGGAGCAUAUUCGCUUGGUGGGAUUAUCAGCCACACUCCCUAACUAUGAAGAUGUAGCAUUCUUUUUGCGAGUUGAUCCAAAAAAAGGUAUGUUUUAUUUUGACAAUAGCUAUAGACCUGUCCCGCUCUCUCAAGUGUAUAAUAUUGGAUUAACUGUGAAGAAGCCAUUGCAGAGGUUCCAGUUGAUGAACGAUCUCUGUUAUCAGAAGGUAACGAAGGUUGCAGGAAAACAUCAGGUUCUUAUAUUUGUCCAUUCAAGGAAAGAAACAUCCAAAACAGCUCAUGCUAUACGAGAUUCUGCUCUUGCCAAUGAUACACUUGGUGCAUUCAAGCACGACAGUGCUAGCCGUGAGAUUUUUCACACUCAUACAGAUUUAGUUAAAAGUAAUGAUCUCAAAGAUCUUCUUCCCUAUGGUUUUGCAGUUCAUCAUUCUGGGAUGACAAGGGUUGAUCGCCAACUUGUUGAGGAACUUUUUCGUGAUGGUCAUAUUCAAGUUUUGGUUUCAACAGCUACUCUUGCUUGGGGUGUGAACCUGCCAGCUCAUACUGUGAUUAUCAAGGGAACCCAGAUUUACAAUCCAGAGAAAGGAGCAUGGACUGAGUUAAGUCCACUAGAUGUUAUGCAGAUGCUGGGUCGUGCAGGAAGACCUCAAUUUGAUUCUAGUGGGGAGGGAAUAAUCAUCACAGGGCACGGUGAAUUACGGUACUAUCUUUCACUAAUGAACCAACAGCUACCAAUUGAAAGUCAGUUUGUGUCCAAAUUGGCUGAUCAAUUAAAUGCAGAAAUUGUUCUUGGGACUGUUCAAAAUGCAAGAGAAGCGUGUAAUUGGCUUGGAUAUACUUACUUGUAUGUUCGUAUGCUAAGGAAUCCCACCCUUUAUGGACUAGCACCUGAUGCUCUUACAAGGGAUAUAACUUUGGAAGGCAGGAGAGCUGAUUUGAUUCAUUCAGCUGCUACAAUUUUAGAUAAAAAUAAUCUGGUGAAGUAUGAUCGAAAAAGUGGGUAUUUUCAAGUUACGGAUUUGGGUCGUGUUGCUAGCUACUACUAUAUAACACAUGGAACAAUAUCUACUUACAAUGAGCAUUUGAAGCCGAUGAUGGGAGAUAUUGAACUAUGUCGUUUGUUUGCAUUGAGUGAAGAAUUUAAAUAUGUAGCGGUGCGGCAAGACGAGAAAGUGGAAUUAGCGAAGUUGUUGGAAUGUGUUCCAAUUCCUAUCAAGGAAAGCUUGGAGGAACCCAGUGCCAAGAUCAAUGUUUUGCUGCAAGCGUAUAUAUCUCAGUUAAAGCUGGAAGCGCUGUCAUUGACAUCUGACAUGGUGUUCAUAACUCAGAGUGCUGGAUGGCUUAUGCGGGCUCUUUUUGAGAUUGUUUUGAAACGAGGAUGGGCACAACUUGCUGUGAAGGCCUUGAACUUGUGUAAGAUGGUGAGUAAAAGGAUGUGGGGUGUCCAGACACCUCUUCGGCAAUUUUAUGGUAUCCCAAAUGAUAUUCUCAUGAAGCUGGAGAAGAAGGAUUUGGCUUGGGAACAGUAUUACGAUCUCUCUUCGCAAGAACUAGGUGAGCUUGUACGUGCCCCAUAAAUGGGAAGAACUCUUCAUAAGUUCAUCCAUCAAUUCCCAAAAUUAAAUCUUGCUGCACAUGUUCAGCCAAUUACACGCACUGUUCUGAGAGUUAAACUCACAAUAACACCAGACUUCCAAUGGGAGGACAAGGUUCAUGGAUAUGUAGAGUCAUUUUGGGUGCUUGUGGAGGAUAAUGAUGGUGAAUUCAUUCAUCAUUACGAAUAUUUCUUGUUGAAGAAGCAGUAUAUUGAUGAGGACCACACCUUGAAUUUCACGGUGCCAAUAUGUGAACUGCUACCCCCGCAGUACUUCAUACGUGUUGUGUCAGAUAGAUGGCUAGGAUCACAAACUAUUUUGCCCCUCUCUUUUAAGCACCUCAUUCUGCCAGAAAAGUUCCUCCCUCCAACGGAGCUGUUAGACUUACAACCUCUUCCCGUGACUGCGUUGAGAAAUCCAUCUUAUGAAGCUCUUUAUCAAGAUUUCAAGCAUUUCAAUCCUGUUCAGACUUGAGCCUUUACUGUGCUAUAUAACACCGAUGAAAAUGUUUUAGUUGCGGCACCAACUGGAAGUGGAAAAACUAUCUGUGUGGAGUUUGCUAUGUUACGGAAUCAUCAGAAAGGACAGGAUAACAUAUUUUGUGCUGUCUAUAUUGCCUCGAUAGAAGCUCUUGCCAAAGAAAGUUUCAGGGACUGGGAUAAGAAGUUUGGAAAGGGACUUGGGAUCCAUGUUGUUGAGUUAACAGGGGAAACAAUUACAGAUUUGAAACUUCUUGAGAAAGGUCAAAUAAUCAUUAGUACCGCAGAGAAAUGGGAUGCUCUAUCUCGUCGUUGGAAGCAGCACAAACAUGUUCAACAGGUCAGUCUUUUUAUUAUUGAUGAGCUUCACUUGAUUGGAGGUCAAGGUGGUUCUGUAUUGGAGGUGAUUGUGUCUAGGAUGAGAUAUAUUGCAAGUCAGAUUGAGAACAAGAUUCGAAUUCUGGCGUUUUCUACUUCUCUUGCAAAUGUAAAAGAUAUCGGGGAUUGGAUAGGUGCUACUUCGCAUGGUCUCUUCAAUUUUGCACCUGGUGUUCGUCCUGUGCCUUUGGAAAUUCAUAUUCAGGUGGUGGAUAUUGCUAAUUUUGAAUCUAGAAUGCAGGCAAUGACAAAGCCAACAUACACCGCCAUUGUUCAGCAUGCAAAGAAUGGAAAGCCAGCACUUGUCUUUGUUCCCACAAGAAAGCAUGUCAGACUGGCAGCAGUAGAUAUAAUGACAUACUCAAGAGCAGACAAUGGAGAGAAACUGCCAUUUUUGCUAAGAUCUCUUGAAGACAUUGAACCCUUUGUUGACAAGAUUCAUGAUGAGAUGCUAACCCUUUUACGUCAUGGAGUUGGCUAUUUACACGAGGGAUUGUGUAGCUUGGAUCAAGAAGUUGUGACACAACUGUUCCAAGCAGGGUGGAUUCAAGUUUGUGUCAUAAGCAGUUCGAUGUGUUGGGGUGUUCAAUUGUUAGCCCAUUUGGUGGUGGUUAUGGGAACACAAUAUUAUCAUGGAAGGGAAAAUGCUCAGUCUGACUACCCUGUUACUGAUUUGAUGCAGAUGAUGGGCCAUGCCAGUCGACCACUGCUCGAUAAAUCUGGGAAAUGUGUCAUUCUCUGUCAUGCACCUUGUAAAGAAUACUACAAGAAGUUCUUAUAUGAACCUCUCCCAGUUGAAAGCCACCUACACCAUUUCCUCCAUGAUAAUAUAAAUGCAGAAAUUGUUGCUGGAACUAUUGAGAACAAGCAAGAUGCUGUUGAUUAUAUUAGGUGGACUCUUAUGUACAGGAGGUUAACUCAAAAUCCCAAUUAUUAUAAUCUUCAAGGCGUCAGUCAUCAGCAUCUUUCUGACCACCUUUCAGAGCUUGUUGAAAACACGCUGAGUGACUUAGAAGCAAGCAAGUGCAUUGUCAUUGAGGAUGAUGUGGACCUUUCUCCAUCUAAUAAUGGAAUGAUAGCAUCAUAUUAUGUCAGUUAUACUACUAUUGAGCGUUUCAGUUUGUCAUUAACUGCUAAAACCAAGAUGAAGUGUCUUCUGGAGAUUCUGGCUUCAGCUUCUGAAUAUGCAUUGCUUCCAAUACGCCCGGGUGAAGAAGAGUUGAUUCGUAGAUUAAUUAAUCAUCAACGAUUUUCCUUUGAAAAUCUGAAAUGUACAGACCCACAUAUCAAAGCAAAUGCUUUGCUGCAGGCACAUUUCUUGAGGCAAUCUGUUGGUGGUAACUUAGCAUUGGAUCAACGAGGAGUCAUUUCAGCCAGUAAGUUGCUGCAGGCAAUGGUGGAUGUCAUUUCGAGCAAUGGUUGGCUGAGCCUUGCCCUUCUUGCUAUGGAAGUCAGCCAGAUGGUAAUCCAGGGCUUGUGGGAGCAGGAUUCCAUGCUUCUUCAGCUACCACAUUUCACAAAGGAGCUGGCCAAGAGAUUUCAAGAGAACCCUGGAAAGAACAUAGAGACGGUAUUUGAUCUGAUGGAAAUGGAGGACGAGGAAAGGCGUGAACUACUUCAGAUGUCAGAUUCUCAGUUGUUGGAUAUUGCAUGUUUUUGCAAUCGAUUUCCAAAUAUUGAUGUGGCAUAUGAGGUACUUGAUGGUGAGAAUGUUGCAGCUGGGGAGAACAUAGCACUGCAAGUUACACUAGAGCGUGAUCUUGAUGGGAGGACUGAGGUUGGGCCUGUGGAUGCUUCGAGGUACCCCAAAGCCAAAGAAGAAGGCUGGUGGCUUGUUGUUGGCGACACAAAGAGUAACCAGCUACUGGCGAUUAAGAUGGUUUCUCUUCAAAGGAAGUUGAAGGUCAAGCUUGAUUUCACUGCACCUCAAGAUACUGGAAAGAAACCAUACACGCUUUAUUUCAUGUGCGACUCAUACUUGGGUUGCGAUCAGGAAUAUAAUUUCAUGGUGGAUGUCAAAGAUGCAGGUCCAUUUGAUGAAGAAGAGUAGCUGUUAGCUAACAACUUAAGUCUGUUUUUCUCCCCCAUUUUCUUUUUAUUUUAAAUUUUUAUGCUUAGUAUUUAUGAAUGUGUGCCACUGCCAACUUAUUCUCUCACCAAGAACCCAACGUUAUGGAACUGCUAACAUACUUGUGCAUUUAAAAACUUUGAGGUAUGUCAUGCCCGUGCCAGAUUCUGAUUCAUUCAACAUGGUAUCUGAAUAAUAUUUGUAUACUUUGGGGUUGGUUAGAAAUCCUAAGUGUUUGAGGUGAGGAUUUGCCAAGCUUAGGUUAUGCUUGCAAACUCAUGGGACCCACUUGAGGGUUGGAAUAGUGAACAUUGCACCUCGUUCUCAUUCUCGUUUGAGCUUUACAUUUUCAUUCCUUUAUGGUGUUUACUAACAGAACCUACUUGUGAAAAAUGUAUGAAAUAGGUUCAAAAAGCAUAUCCAGCUGGUGGUGAUUUCUCUGAACUUAUUUUGAUACAUGAACACUGUGUGGGACACUUUGGCAUCCAGAUCGUCACAAGGAAGAUCUCUGUUAUUUGAAAGUGUGGCGGGAAUGUGAGCCUGAUCCCUUUUUUCUAUUCUGUUCUACUACUGUUUUGCUAUUAUAUUUGAACUUUGGGUCUUUGCUGAUUGGUAACUAUACGUGGCAAGACUGAAAAUUGUUUUGAUGCUGAAGUCAUAUUUAAUUUUCUGCAUGCAAAUAAAACUGGAACGAUACAUCAUAUUAUAUAUUGUUUGCUCUGCAUUUGGAAUGUAAGGCAACAAAGGCUGCAAAUGACAUAUUUAAUCUUGGUAUUUCAGCGUGAACUUUGAUUUAGUACCUUUGACAUUUCUUAUUGAAUCGAACCAUAAUUCUUUUAUGUUUUUUGGCUGCCUAGAUUAAUUGGUACGCACAGCCAAUAAUAAGUUAGUGUCUUGCUUACUGAGAAAAGUGUGGUAAACUCUGAGUUCACUGUUUCUUAUUGCAUGUACAAACUGGUUUUCUAACAAUUUCUUUAUGUUAUGAUUCAUACUUUGAUGCGGUCUGUUCGGUUAUUUUGGUGAAAAUGGGAUUGUAUCUUUUUAUGGUAUGUAUGACUAUGACUCGUUUGGUUUGAACACACCAUAAUAUAAACAAGGUAGAACUUAGUUGUGCCCUCUUGCUUCAGCAUUGGAUAUUUCCUUCUUUCUUCCUUUUUCCCCCUCCAUUAAUGUCAAGAAUGGAUUUGAUUCCACAAAAAUAAUAUGGACGAAUUCCUCCAUUUUUGUUUUGCGAUACUAUGUCAUAAUGGACUGAAUUUUCUACGUUACAGGAAUAUAUGUUUCCUUGUUUAUGAAAAAUGAUAUGAGAUGUGAAAAUAGUAAACUCUCUUCUUUCUUUAAAAAAUUCCAUUGCCAUGCAUUUUUGUACAAAUUUACUUUAACUCAUUUGAUGUGUAGGAAUGGUCAGCCAAUAGAUAAAUUGAAGGAACGUUUCUUUCACGCUCAGUGCAAAGACCAAGUAAGCAAGUUUUUGGAUGAAAUUUAGCUCAAUUAUUUUGACCACUAACCAAACUUCUUAUAUGUCGGGAUCAUUAUAAAACUCAGAUGUAUGCAACGAUUUAGGUAAAAUGUAGUUCAGUCAUUUGGCUACUUGGUGUACCUGUUAUGUUUAGGAGUACGUGGAAAAAUGCUUAGCAGUUCGUAGCUUUGGAAUUGUACUUUCCAAUCCUGAGAACUGUACGUUGAAUUGCAAAUUUGCAUUUAACUGAGAGAUUUUAGUACAGAGGUAACACAUAUCAAUAUCAUUGGAAGUUGCUUUAUAUCGAACAUUUUAUCUUUUUUAGUGGGGGGUCCUUUCUGUCUGCUAUGAUACCUUUUGAAUAAUGUCGCUCCUUUCAUUUUGGUUUGUUUUGACUGAAUCUCGCUUCUCUGUCAUUUCUCUUCUAUUGACUUUAUUGUAAUUCCAUAUAGGUCAUAUCUAGCUCCACUUGAUGUUUAUGAUGAUUCAAAAGUCAUGAUUACUUCACACCAUAAGCCAGAUAUGUUAAAGACAUUUAAAUUCUUCGACAAUACUAGGGAGUCGAAGGGAGAGAUAAAUAAAGUAAUGUGUUUUCUUCCAAUUUGACUUCUCACAAGGUUUUGCUAUGGCAUCAAAUCAACAUGGAAGCUUUUUCCAGCUUUGAUACUCCUUGAGUUUAUAAACGUCAACGUUUUUUUAUGUAGGUUAAGAUUAUUCACGGUUCUCUUUGUAAUUUAGCUUUAUUAGAGUUCUCUCGUGUUAUCUAGCUUUAAUAUUUUAUUUCAUUUCUUUUCUUAGUCAGGUUGUUAGUUAGUUACUUGAAUGAUAUGCUUAACCACUCUUGUAUUUAGAGCCCAUGAACCCCAUGAGCUAAGCCUAUAUAUAAAGGCUAAGAUUAGCCUUUUGUAACGCUUUUGUUCAAGAUUAAUAAAAUAUUGCCAUAAAGCUUUUUGGCUCCUCCAGCCUCUCUUACGACUGGGUCCAGGGUUGGGGGAGUGAGUUUAAGUGCACCCUUAGAGGUGUUUGUGGACGUAAAACGUGAAGAGUAAGCUCACACAUUCUUUGGUUAGGUGGAGGGUGACUCUAGCGAGGUUUGGUUUUUGGUGAGGUUUCAUGUUUUUCUUUGAGUUUCGAUUUUGAAGACUUUUUGUAAUUAUUUCGUAGGCAGAAUUUUAUUUAAUUGGAAACCCUUUAAAGGGGGUUUUUAGUGGGCUUAGUUUUUUUGUAUACACUUGUAUUCCUUUCAUUGUUUCAAAAAAGAAAAAAGAAAAAAAGAAACUUGCACAUUCUUUAUUCACAGUUAAUUAACCAAGAGCCAAGAGUUUAUUGAUCUUCACAUCGAUUCUCUUUUUGUAGGGCGGCUAAUAAAUUGGAACAUGACCUUCAAUAGAAUGAUGGACACGAUUAUAAAAAGUUAUUAAAAUUUUCGAUAAGGAUGGGAGAUGGAUUAAUCAAGCGCCAAAGUUGUUUUAAACUAGAGCAACUAAAUAAAGCAUGGUCAGUGGAUUUUUCAAAGAUAUUACACCGUGGGCAAACAGCGUUAUGUUGUGUUUAGGUCAACCACAUCCCAGAAAAGUUGAAAAAAAAAAGUGCAAGGAAACCGUCUGGACCAAGAGCUUUAGUAGGAAACAUAUCUUCAAUUGCCUUUUCGAUGUCAUGAUGAGUAAACGGAGUUAGAAAGAUGACAUUCAUCCUCGUAUCAACUUUAGGAUUGAUAAAUUGAAGAAUAUCAUUAAUGCAAAUUUGUUUUGGAUAAGUAAUAAAGGGAUUAUGAAAAUAUGAAGUGAAUCUUUCAACAAUGAAAUUUGGAUCAUUUGACCAAUUGCAUUUGCAUCAUAAAUCCCUUUGAACUCAUUUUUGGAUUUUCUCA